AGCUUCUUUUAUUAAUCAUUGAUAUAUCCUUAUCAAUAAUUAACCUCAAUAUAUUACAACACAUUAAAUAUAUAGUAUGUACAAAGUUCAAGAUAAUUGCUGUCAUCUUUAAACUUUUUCUUUCUUUCUGUGAAAUAAACAUAUCAACUCAUCUCUAAUAUACUAGGAUAUUAAGCAUAUGAUUGAUUAUUUCAAGAUCUUAUUCUAGUACUAAGCUUUAAUCAACACAAAUGUUAUCUGUAUAAGUGGGCAAAUUUAAUUAGUAUUUAUUUAUAUGUGCAUAUAUUCGUAGACAUUGAUAAGAGAAACAAUGCAUUAUAUCAAGUAUCAAUCAAGAUUUCAUAUAUAAAGAGUCUAUAGAAAAAUAUAUACACAUAUAUGUACAGAAAUCAACAUUUUUCAUGUACAGGGUUGCGAAAAAUGUUUUGCCAGGGGGUUACAGCUCCAACGAAAAAUGAUAUCUAUAUUGAAUUUUAUCCCAAACGAAAGCUCGUCAAAAAUGGGAUUUAUCCAUACGAAUGAAUAAGGGCUAUAGAGACUUUUUUCUAUCGAACUUUGAUCAUUUCUAGAAAUGCAUGAACCACAGUCAUAGCAAAACUUUCUUUUAUCGCAGAGAACUCAAACUACUUCUGAUAUAAAAAUACUGAAUCUAGCAAAGUUACCUUUAUUUUUUAUCAUUCAUUAACCCAUAAAAAGUAAGGAUAAUCUUUCUAUUUUUAGUAAUUUUAUAUCAGAGGUAGUUUGAGCUCUGUAUGAUAAAAGAAAGUUUUGCAAUGAUUGUGGUUCAUGCAUUUCUAGAAAUUAUCAAAGUUCGAUAGAAAAAAGUCUCUAUAGCCCUUAUUCAUUCGUAUGGAUAAAUCCCAUUUUUGACGAGCUUUCGUUUGGGAUAAAAUUCAAUAUAGAUAUCAUUUUUCGUUGGAGCUGUAACCCCCUGGCAAAACAUUUUUCGCAACCCUGAAUUUUUUGUCAAACACCACUUGAAGCUCUUGAAGAAAUAUCAAAUCAAACUCCAAAAACUAUUGGAUUAAUAUCAAAUACAACUACAACACCAAUGAAAAGUCGAGUAUCACAUCAAUCAAUGACAAAGAGAUUAUCUGGAUCAUCAACAUCUGCUUAUUCACCAUUACCAAAUUCUGAUAUGUUAAUGGUCUGUGCUAAAUGUCGACAAGCAUAUGAAUCAUUACCAGAUAAGCAUACAUUAAUGUCAAGUCAAUGGUUUACAUGA